AUGGCAAAAAUAAUCUUAAAUGAGGUCAAAAAUGAUUAUUACAUCAUAUUAUUCACGAUAUAUUUUAUAGGUCUCACAAACCCGGAAGACGUAGAUUUUGUUCUAAAAAAUUGCUUAGAGAAGGCAGAUGUUGCGACAUUGUUGAGAAAAGCUAUCGGCAACGCCGGGAUAUUUGCACCAGUAUCAAUAUGGACCCGACGCAGGAAAAUAUUAAUACCUGCAUUCAGUCCAAAAAUUAUUAACAGCUUUAUGGGUAUCCUUGUUAACCAAAGUGAAGAAUUGGCAAUACAGCUGUCACAUCAUAAAAUGGUGGGAACCGGGCGGUUUGCCGCUUGGCCCUUCAUUAGCGCUUACACUCUGGACUCUGUUUGCGAAACAGCACUGGGCAUACGGAUUAACUAUCUUCGAAAUCCCGAUAACAUGUUUCUAAAAGCCGCUUCGAAUUUGUUUUCACUAGUGGCUGAUAGAGUAGUUCAAAUAUGGCUUUGGCCGGACGUGAUUUACAAUUGUAUUCCUAGCUCAACUGAAUUCUAUGAAAAUCUGAAAAUAGUGUAUGACUUAACAGAUAAGAUUAUACAGCAGAAAAAAGAAGAACUUAAGGAUGUAGACGUACAAUUGGACAGCGAGAACGUUAUUUUUGGUCAAAAUACUAAAAAAGUGAGGUGCUUCCUGGAACAUCUCAUACUGUUAUCAAAAAAUGCCGGUGGAUUUACUGAUGUAGAGCUGAGAGAGGAAGUUAUAACCUUUCUAUUGGCAGGGACGGAUACAUCGUCUAUUGCUAUCUGUAACACAUUAACGUUGCUAGCAAAGUAUCCUAAAAUACAAGAAAAAGUUUAUCGGGAAAUAGUGGAGGUAUUAGGGGAAGCCGAUCGUCCUUUAGAAAAAGAUGACCUCAAGGAAUUCAAAUAUUUGGAAAGAGUUAUAAAAGAAACACUUCGGCUUUUCCCUCCGGCGCCAAUAUUGAUAAGAAAGGUUACUGAAGAAACAAAAAUGCCUACAGGGGUGACGUUGCCGGCUGAUACUGGUAUUAUAGUGUCCGUUUGGGGAAUCAGUCGUGACAAGAAAUAUUGGGGGCCCGAUGCAGAUUGCUUCGACCCGGACAGAUUCCUGCCUGACAGGAAGACAGGCUUGUUCAUACCGUUUAGCUCAGGUCCUCGAAAUUGUAUAGGUUACCAAUACGCUUUAAUGUCGGUAAAAAUGGCGCUGAUUGCAGUACUACGACGAUACAGAGUUAUUGGUGAAGAAGAAAACGGACCUGCUCCAACGAUUGACACUAAAUUUAAUAUCAUGAUGAAAGCCAAGGAUAACUAUCAACUAGCUUUAGAAGCUAGAUAA